UUCAGCUCUCCUAUAUAUUUCACUCUGUUUUCCCCCUCCAUCUUCUUCAUUCCAUUUUCUUCUAUUUCUCUCUCUAGAAACUCUCUCUCUCUCUAAAAACUUGGAAAAGAAACUGGUCAAAGAUUUUGUGGUUUGAACUGUGUUGUUGAAGGAAAUUUACUUGAAGACGUAGAGAAUUGGAAGGAAUGACGAAUCCAGCAGCAACACCGAAGGUAGUAAUGCUGAUGCUGAUAAUGUCGGCGAUUCUCAAGUUUCGUUGCGCAUCGUCUGCAGUGAAUCAUGUUGUUGGUGAUUCUUCUGGUUGGGAUCUCUCCUCUAAUAUCUCGCUCUGGUCUGCUUCUACCACCUUCUACGUCAACGAUUCCCUCGUGUUCAACUACACACCAGAUCAUGACGUGAUCGAAGUUGUCAGUUCCGAUUUUGCCACAUGUCGCAUAACAAGCCCCGUAUCCAGCUAUGACGAUGUCAAUGGACAGACAGUGAUCCUGCUCAGCCAACCUGGUUCGAGGUACUUCAUCUGUGGCAGACCUCGCCAUUGCUCCAUGGGGCUAAAGCUAAGUGUACAGGUUCUAUAUCAGCUUGAUCAGUCUAACAACACAAGCUCUAACCAUAACACUGCUGUAGAAGGUGAUAACCAUGGCCCAUAUUCCUCUCACGGUUACAGUGACCUCAGUACAGUCAGUUUCAGCAGGUUGCUACUUCACCUGGGGAUCACCAUCAUUGGUAUUAUGUGGGCCUUAUGUCUUUGCUGAAGGUCGACUUUGGCAGAUGGGCGAAUGGGCAAAUGUAUGAUUACUGCUCCAGAUAGUGCAGAAUUGUCAAGCAUCUAAAAACUUUUGGUAUUGGUAAGCGGUAACUGACUAGCUGCCGUAGUACUGUUCUUAAGCUCAGGUACAUAAUAAUACUAUAAUAUAGUAGUAGCAGUUGUGAAGAUAGUUGUGCAACUGAGCUAGUUGCUCCCUGAUCAUCUCUAGUUUCGCCUUUGUUAAUGCAUUAUAGAAGAGAUGCUAUAUUAAGUGAUUAAGGUGGCAUUUAUAUAGCAAAAAACAUUUUAUAUCAAA